CCGUUCAAUGUCAUCUCCAGAACAACACGCGAUACAUUGUGUCAAACGUAUAUAUAUAUGGAACUUGAUUGCAGACCUCCAUUCCAUGUCAUCAUUUGGCUCCAGACCUUCAUACCCUACCGUGAAACAUUUCUCAAGUCGCUCAAGGUUUCCAGCUCCACCAAGUCACCAGACAAAAUGGUGGUCGCCGACCGAUUGGUUACCAGAUCCAAUUACAUUGACGAAGGGAGAGAUAGUGCUCACGCUUCGUCAGAGACACCGUAUCGUCAAGAAGUCACCGAAGCUGAUAUCGAGACAUUGGCUCUCAAAUUGCGCAUACCAGCCGGAAGCGAAUUGGAUCCGCACGCCCCGACAUUCGAUGCGAAACUUUGGGUCAAAUCUAUCAUCGAUCUGUGGUGCUCGGAUCCCUCGAUAGGACAUAAACGGAAUCUUGGAGUGGCUUUCAGCGAUCUAUCUGUGUCAGGUCGCAAUAGCACGACGCCGAAAUAUCAGCAAAAUACCGGCGGCGUGCUUCUAGAUGUCAUCACAUCAAUAACAAGGCAUUUCAUUGGUACGCGUCCACUCAAAGCGGUAUCGAUUCUACAGAACUUUGAGGGUGUUAUCAACGAUGGUGAACUCCUCUUAGUUCUAGGUCCGCCGGGCUCGGGAUGCACUACCCUUCUUAAAACGAUCGCUGGCGAGACAACAGGUCUGAAUGUCAGUCUAGAUACCAAAAUGAACUUCCGAGGGAUCAAAACGAAAUACGUCCGAACACGAUUCCGUGGUGACGUGCUCUACAACGCCGAACGCGAUGUGAAUCUUCCACAUCUCACAGUAGGAGAGACAUUGACGUUCGCGGCUCGGGCGAGGUCGAUGCGGACAGCACCGCCAGGGUUGACGCGUUCACAGAUGGAGGUCAUGUCGCGAGACGUAAUCAUGUCGGUCUUGGGCAUUUCACACACUUUUAAUACGCGCGUUGGAGAUGAUUUUGUGCGAGGUGUUAGCGGAGGUGAGCGUAAGCGCGUCAGCAUUGCUGAAGCUGCCCUCACAGGCGCUCGACUUCAGUGCUGGGACAACUCCACGCGCGGUCUUGACAGUGGUAAUGCCGUCAACUUCUGUGAGAGUCUUCGAGGACAAGCCGAUCUACUUGGUAUCAGCGCUGCGGUCGCUAUCUAUCAAGCUCCACAGAGCGCUUAUGAACUGUUCGAUAAGGUGACGGUAUUGUACGAUGGGAGGCAGAUUUACUUCGGCCCUACCUCGAUGGCAAGAGAGUACUUUGAAGAACUCGGAUUCUAUUGUCCUGACAGACAAACGACUGCUGACUUUUUGACGUCCAUGACCAGUCCUAACCAGCGACAAGUCAGAUCCGGAUACGAGAACUUGGCUCCUCGAACACCCGACGAGUUUGUGACCAGAUGGAAAGAGAGCAUGCAUCGAAAGCUUCUUCUUCAAGAGCUUAGCGAGUACGAAUUGAAACAUCCAACUGACGAGCGACUGAUGGAAUUCAAAGAGUCGCGACGCGUCGAGCAGUCUAAGAGCCAAUGGUCGAAAUCACCAUACAAUAUUUCUUAUUUUGCCCAGGUUUCGCUGAACCUCUGGCGCGGCUGGAGGAGGCUUGUCGCAGACCCAGCAUAUACCAUUGCCUCCCUAGUCUUUCAGAUGAUCAUGGCAAUCACGCUCGGCAGUCUGUUCUACGACAUGAAGCAGGACACUUCGACUUUUUAUUAUCGCGGCGGCGUCAUCUUCUUUUCGUUACUGUUCAACGCCUUUGCAAGCCAGUUGGAGGUUCUCACUGUUUAUGCAGAGCGACCUGUUGUCGAAAAGCAACACAAGUAUGCGUUCUACAGCCUAUCUACGCAGGCCAUCGCCAGCUUUGUAAUGGACUUACCGUAUAAGACGGCCAACAUGAUUGCCUUCAACCUCAUUGUUUAUUUUAUGACCCACCUACGGCGCGACACGAGCAGUUUUCUCUUCUUCUCGCUCGUAACGUAUCUUGCAACACUGGUAAUGUCGUGCCUAUAUCGAACACUCGCGUACCUUACCCGCACACCAGCCCAGGCCAUGGUUCCCAGUGCUCUGCUCAGUAUCGGUCUGAUAAUCUACACCGGCUUUUGCAUCCCAUCAGCCUAUCUGCCCGGAUGGUCUGAGUGGAUGCUUCAUAUCAAUCCACUGUCUUAUGCUUUCGAGGCCCUAAUGGCGAAUGAGUUCCAUGGACGCUCGUUUCCCUGCGCUUCCAAAGUACCACAAGGCCCUGGCUAUGAAGACCUUGCUCCAGAAUCACAAACCUGCUUCGUCGUGGGUGCGCGAGCCGGUGAUACUUUGGUGAAUGGCGAUGAUUACAUCAGACUCACAUUUGGCUACCUCAACGAAAACAAAUGGAGAAAUGUCGGCAUUCUAGCCGCUUAUCUUGUCGGGUUGUUUUGUUUAUACAUUGCUACUGCCGAACUCUCGAAGCCCCCUAAAAGUCAAGGCGAAUAUCUAGUGUUUUGGAGAGGCGCGAUUCCUCGUAUUGCAGCUAAAAACGCCGGCAAGCACGUCAAUGACGAGGAAGAUACCAAUUCGUCGAAUAUCCAGAUGGUAGAGAUCCAAAAAGAGCAGGCUAAAGACUCCGAUUUUAUGAAGAACGGGGCUUCCGUCUUCCACUGGGAAGAUCUCUGCUACGAUGUUAAAGUCAAGGGCGAGACGCGCCGUCUCCUGGACCACGUAGAUGGUUGGGUCAAACCGGGAACCUCCACGGCCCUCAUGGGCGUUUCCGGUGCUGGCAAGACGACCCUUCUCGACGUCCUCGCAACGCGUGUCACCGUAGGCGUCGUAAGCGGAAGCACAUUGAUCAACGGCACGCCGACAGACACCUCGUUCCCCCAUCGUGUAGGAUAUGUGCAGCAGCAAGACGUACACUUGGCAACAGCUACCGUGAGGGAGGCACUAGAAUUCAGUGCCCUACUACGACAGCCGGCUAAAACACCACACGCAGAGAAGCUUGCAUGGGUGGAUGAGGUGAUUGCAAUGUUGGGCAUGGAAGAAUUCGCGGGCGCUGUAGUUGGAAUCGCGGGUGAACAUGGACUUAAUGUUGAGCAACGAAAGCGAUUGAGCGUAGGAGUCGAGCUCGCUGCCCGACCGGAUCUGCUCGUUUUUCUCGAUGAGCCUACUUCUGGUCUUGAUGCUCAGACCUCGUGGGCCAUCUGUGACCUUAUUGAAACACUCACUCGCAGCGGCCAGGCUGUACUUUGCACCAUACAUCAGCCAUCGGCAAUGCUUUUUCAGAGGUUUGAUAGACUACUUCUGCUCGCUGCUGGAGGCAAAACAGUGUAUUUCGGAGAUUUAGGGCACGAAAGCAGCACCCUCAUCGAAUACAUGGAGCGAAACGGGGCAACAAAGUGUCCAGCUUCGACUAAUCCGGCUGAGUGGAUGCUGCAAUCUAUACAACAGCCUACCGAUGGAACAAAAGGUAUCGACUGGUUUGAAGCUUGGAGGCAGUCCCCGGAGUAUCAAGCGGUCAAAUCGGAACUGUCCCGCCUGAAAACCAUUGCCCAUGAUCCUACUUCGUCGAAUACCAGCGACCCAUCACUGAACCAAGAGUUCGUGGCUUCCACCUGGAUACAGUUCAAAGAAGUUACGUUGCGUACAGGCAGACAUUUUUGGCGAUCGCCUACUUAUAUCUGGUCAAAGACGCUAUUGGUUGGCAUUUCGUCACUCUAUAUUGGCUUCAGUUUUGAUGCGAAAAACAGCCUUCAGGGCUUGCAGAACCAGCUUUAUGCCAUCUACAUGUUCUUCAUACUGUUUGGCAGCCUGAAUGAACAAAUCAUGCCAACAUUCAUACCGAUGCGUGAUCUAUACGAGGUGCGAGAGCGGCCAUCGAAGAUAUACAAGUGGACAGCCUUUCUGUGGUCGAACAUUCUUGUUGAGGCCUUUUACAACUGUCUCAUGGCAGUGUUGGCCUACCUUUGCUGGUACUAUCCAGUUGGCUUCAUCCAAAACACAACGGCUACGGAUACGGCGGAGCGCGGCGCACAAGUAUUCUUGUUCUUGUUGCAGUACAUGCUGUUCACAAGUACUUUCUCACACUUCGCCAUCGCGUGGAUAGCAACGUCCGAGACGGCAGGUGUCUUGGUCUCGCUGCUUUGGUUGCUUUGCAUUUCGUUCUCGGGAAUCGCGGUCAAACCAGCAGAUCUACCGUCCUUUUGGAAAUUCAUGUAUCGUGUCUCACCCUGCAACUAUCUCAUCAGUGGCAUCAUGUCUGCCUCACUCACAGGUAGCCCUGUUGUGUGUACCCCAGCAGAGAUCCUUCACAUGCAGCCCCCCGUCAAUCAGACUUGCGCCGAUUUCCUCGGUUCUUUGGUCGCGACCAGUGGUGGCAACGUUCUUGCCUCCACCGAAAGUGGGCUAUGCUCGUACUGCCCUAUUUCUACGACGGACGUAUACCUCUCCGAAUUCCGCAUUUUCUACGCGGACGUUUGGAGGAACUUUGGGAUUGGUUGGUCAUACAUCAUAGCAAAUGUGUUUCUGACAUUCUUAUUCUUCUGGCUCUUCCGAGUUCCGAAGGGUAACUCUUCCAAGCGUGCGUAG